AUGGCUUCCGACGCCCCCGCGCAGCAACCGGCGCCCCAGCAGAAGCCUACCAGAGUCUCGCUGUCCUACGAGGAGAUCUCCAAGCUCUUCUCCCUCCCCAUCGCCGAGGCGGCCUCCAUCCUCGGAGUCUGCACUAGUGUCUUGAAGAGGAUCUGCCGCACCCACGGGAUUGUUAGGUGGCCCUAUCGUAAGCUUGUUUCUGGGAAAGCUGGGGACGACACAAAAGGUCCUGAUAGAGACAAAGCCAAGGAACUCCUUGAGUUAUCAAAAAUCGCGAAACAAAAGGCUUCCAGUGCAUCAGGCCCAUCAAUAGUGUCAUCAAGCACUUCCCAAGGAGUGGCAAAGUCUCAACAGGGCAGUUCUAAGGCAGGACAAAUUUCAGUUUCGCCCCCAGCAGGUAAACAGAAUGCAUCACCAAGCUUGGCCCAUGGUAGCCAAGCCAAGGCCAUCCCUAGCUAUAUGGAUGAUUUCAAGUACGGAUUCCCAUCAUCUGGCUUGUCUUGUGAAACUAUGAAAUGGUGGGGCACAAGCAGCGACACAGACUGUGUGCCUGCCAAAGAUGGAAGCCAUGAAGCCCAUGAAUCAACAACACAUGAGCCUGCCAAAGAUGAUGACGAGUUGGACUGGGGAGCAGAUGAAGCGGAUGCUGAAGCUGAUGGCGCUGUUACAGCUGAAGCGUCGGCGCAGCUGUGCUCCCUGAGAAGGAAAGCAGUAGAUGACGGGCGCAAGCUAUUGAAUGGCGACAACCGCAGGGGCCAAGAAUUUUCUAGGCUCAACAAAAGGCAGAAGCUAGCGCUGGCCCAGAACCAAGGUUUCCAAAUGUUGAAAAUAUAUAUCUGGCUGAAAUCAAUUCAAUCUUUCCAUGCGAAGUGGGCAAAAUUGGUGUUGCAGGGCAAGGGGACAAAUGUGGAUGGGAAUAAGAGGAAGAGCAAAGGGCAAAGGCAGAUAGAAAAGGCGUAUAGUAUAGACAAGGAGGAACAGAGCAAGCAAGGUAUAUGCAUUCAACAUCUUUUACGGGCAGCAGGUGGUAUUGGUUUCUGGAUCUACCUCAUUGGUGGUUAUGGAACAUCCACAUGGGUAAAGUAA